CUCACUUUCCAAAUUCUGGAGCGGUUAGACUGUUGAAGGAUGCUGCGUCUGCCUGUGAAGAAAAUUCGGAAGCAGUUCAAACUCCUUCUCUUGCUGGUCCUGCUUACCUUUGCCGUGUGGUUCACGUACCUGCACAUCAACCUGGUCCGACAGGGCAAAGCCAUCAAAUUCCACUUCAACUAUGGCAAAGAUGGUGAAAAGCUGAAUGAGGGGACUGACACCACUCGAAAGAGAGACUCCCAUUCGCUGUCCAAUCACAGGAAAACCGAUGAUACAAGUGACAGCCGUGAGGAUGAGCUGGCGGAGGACAGGCUUAAUGCAUAUGGGGAGAUGAACAGGGACUUUACUGAGCUGAGGAAGUUUCUCAUCCAAAAACAGAACAAGCUGCCGUGGAAACCUGAGUAUAAAGGGCAAGCCAAUCUCCAUGUGUUUGAAGACUGGUGUGGCGCCUCCGUUGCUCAGCUGAGAAAGAACCUUCACUUCCCUCUGUACCCACAUACAAGGACCACAGUGAAGAAGCUUGCUGUGGCCCCAAAAUGGAAAAACUAUGGCCUCCGAAUAUUUGGCUUCAUCCACCCUUACAAGGAUGGUGAUUUCCAGUUUGCAAUCGCCUCUGAUGAUAACUCUGAGUUUUGGCUGAGCUCUGAUGAGAACCCUAUCAAUGCCAGGCUGCUGGUGUUUGUUGGAAAGCUGGGUACCGAGUGGACAGCUCCUGGUGAAUUCAGCAAAUUCAGAUCUCAAACUUCCAAAUCUAUCCACCUUAUUUCUUCGAGGCGUUACUACUUUGAGGUUCUACAUAAACAAGACGACAAGGGCUCAGAUCAUGUUGAGGUUGGGUGGCGUCCGUUUCUCCCAGGCCUGAAGUUUGAAAUAAUUGAUUCAGCAUACAUCUCGCUGUACACAGACGAGUCCUCCUUAAAGAUGAACAGCGUGGGUCACAUCCCUCAGACCUUUGCCAGCCGUGUCAGGUCAGCUAAAGAGGCGUCAGCAGCAAGCCAACACAGUGCUGACAUGCUGAAACCAGACCCGCGUGACACCUUCUUCAGCACUCCAAUGAUAGACCCCUCCCAUCUGGAGAACAUACUUCCUGCCUGCUUGUACUCCCCCACAUACGUUGUCAAGGACUUCCCCAUCGCCCGCUACCAAGGACUGCAGUUUGUGUACUUGUCCUUUGUGUAUCCUAAUGACUUUACCCGACUGACUCACAUGGAGAGAGAGAACAAGUGCUUCUACAGGGAGUCACCUAUUUAUUUGGAGAAAUUUGGCUUCUACAAGUAUAUGAAGAUGGAUGAAGAAGAGGAUGAUAGACCCUUCCUCUUUCCCAAUCCAGAAGAUUUCCUUGAGGAGGAGGAAGGGGUGGACCCGGAAGAUGAGUCUUUACCUAUUGACAACCAGCCAGUUAGGAAAAAAGUCAAUGGCAGCCUCAGCAACCAGCACUUAUCUGCAAAGCCCACAAGGAAGCCUGUCUCUCUUACCACAGCUGACUAUGGCGAUGGUGUUGAUGACUAUAACUUUAAACACGGAAAGAAGACCUUCCAGGGCAAGGGGGUCAAUAAUAGAGAAAGACAGAAAACCAGUGACAGUGCUGUGGGUGGUGUUCGUGAUGACCGUGAAGUUAUGGACUUUAAUGAGCCCACUGUCAUCCGUGGUAAAUCGCUAUCCUGGAUCAGGACUGCUCUGGAUGAGCGGAGCAAGAAGGGGGUUGAACCAUUGGUGGCUGCCAUUCCUAGACAUGGUAAAUCUGCCCUUUUUCUUCCCCAGAACUCCAUUUCAGCGCUGACUAGUAGAGCCAAGCAAAUCCUGAACAACUCAGCCCAUGCAGGCCAAAGCCCAGUGGUCAACGAUAAAAAAGACCGCCAGCGGGACCAGAACAAAAUCUACGUCACCAGGCUUCGAUCCAACAGAAAGACCACGGCUCCCCGGCAUCCACGAGAAGUCUUCCCGGGCGUUUUCCUGUAUCAGAAUGGCAAAACCACGAAGCUGGUGAAUCUGAACUCCAAGCUGAGAGGCAAAGGCCUGGUGAGCGCCUCCCAGCUGCGAGCCAAGUCGUUUUUCAGAGAGAGCAAGGCCUCCUGGCUGAGCAACAACUCCACCAAGCAGGCCGCUCGCAAAGUAUCCAAGGCAACAGUGAGGGAGGCCCAUAAAAAAGAGGAGCCCCGGGGCAUAACUCCUGUAUCUGCUAGAACCAUGUCCGCCAGUAUUAAAGAGAUUUCUCAGCCCACCACAGGAAACCCAGGAGUCCAGGACUUCAAUUCCUCGGAGAAUACUCUUCCAACAGAAGCCCGAGUGACAUCCUACAUGAAGACGUCGGAGAUCACAGAGUCGCAGCAGUUUGAGACGGAGCCCGAAGAAGGGGGGCUCUCAGAUUAUAGCUACGAGGAGCCAGAUCCUCAGCUGAGCUGGGCGGAAGAGGCCAUUAACUGGCAGCGCACCUUCUCCGUCAACACCAUGGACUUUGAGCUGCUGCGCUCUGACUGGAACGACCUGCGCUGCAACGUCUCGGGCAACUUACAGCUCGGCGAGAGCGAGGUGGUGGAUGUGCUCGCACAGUACAUGGAGAAGCUGAACGAAAAGAAUGGAGGGAUCUACACCCUCCUGCGCAUCAUCAACGUCGAGAAGCGGCGGGACUCGGCUCGGGGGAACCGCUACCUCGUCGAGCUGGAGCUGAUGGAGCGCGGGAAGAGGGUGGUCCGGCUGUCGGAGUACGUGUACCUGCUGCUGCACCGCCGGCGGCAGGAGGACAGUCUGGAGAGGGAAGAGGGGGCCGCCACCGCCUCACCUUCUACCACCACCACCACCACCACCACCACCACGGCUUCCGCCCCUGCCGGCCACGGCCCUCCUCGGACCACCACCCAGUGGAACACAGCCUACACCAAACCCCUGCUGUGCCAGCCGGUCAUGCUGCAGUGGAGGCACGACGUUAUGGUGCACUUUGUCGUGCCAGUGAAGAACCAGGCCCGCUGGGUGCAGCAGUUCAUCAAUGACAUGGAGUACCUGCACAGCGAGACCAAGGAUGACAACUUCAACAUCAUCAUUGUGGACUUCCAGAGUGAAGACAUGGAUGUAGAACAGGCUCUGAAGGACAGCAAAGUGCCAAGAUAUGAGUACUUGAGGCGGGAGGGAAAUUUUGAACGUUCAGCAGGCUUGCAAAUUGGAGUAGACACCAUUGAGGACAGUCACAGCAUUGUGUUCCUGUGCGACCUCCACAUCCAUUUCCCCCUCAACAUCCUGGAGAGCAUCAGGAAGCACUGUGUGGAGGGGCGGCUGGCUUUUGCUCCUAUAGUCAUGAGGCUGGGCUGUGGGAGUUCCCCCAGAGAGCCUGACGGAUACUGGGAAGUUAAUGGCUUUGGCUUGUUUGGCAUUUACAAGUCGGACUUUGACAAGAUAGGAGGAAUGAACACAGAGGAGUUCAAAGAUCGGUGGGGAGGCGAGGACUGGGAGCUCCUCGACAGAGUUCUUCAGAACGGGCUGGAAGUGGAGAGGCUGAGACUGCGCAGUUUCUUUCACUAUUACCACUCCAAACGGGGCAUGUGGAACGCUCAGAUGAAGAAGAGCCCCAAAGCAUAGCGUAUGGAGGUGCUUCAGCUCUGCCGUGGAAGAAGCUUGGGUGCCUAUUUCAGUGCCAUGUGGGCAUUUUUCAGAGACUACCAAGUUCCUUUAAGGACCCCUUUCCCAGACUCGAAGACAAGGAGAGAGUGGCCGUUCUGUUUGCCACCCUGAGUCAGAUGACUUACUCUCUCUUGGCUGCUUUCAGUUAUUUAACAAGUACUCAACAGAAGUACGUCUAAUUCUUAAAGGAUUUUAAAAGUGGACGAUUCUGAAUUUUUUUGUAUUUGUUGAGAAGAAUGGUAGCACUGCUAAGAGGAAAUUGGGGCCUUUAAAACUGUUUCUUAUAUAGAUCCCAGUUUUAGGCAGCACCAGGAGGGAAUCAUUAAAGAAAGGUUUAGUUGUGAUUUUAUGACUGGGAAAUGAACGAACAAUAAAGGGAUUUUACCGAAUCCCUUUCUGACAAGAAGAGGUCAGGCUUUAAAAAAGCACUAGUACAGGAAGACCCUUUUGGAUCUGCCCUAUGCACUUCAUAUAUGCCUCCCAUUACAGACCUGCUCUGGUGAUGAUAUAUUUGUUGUAGGGAUGUGUGUAUCAAGGCCCUUAUCUGUGAAUACAGGGAUCUGUUUUGCGCUGUUUUGGUGUCCAUGACUGUAUUUGAUUUUGGGUUUUGUGGACUUACCUUGACAUAAUUUUAUCACUUUUUUCCAGUCAAUAGCUGAAAGAUAUGCUAAACAAUGUGUUGUAGGUUGUUCCCAUAUGAUUACCAUGUUGGUCAUCAUUUUGUUGAUACAUUGUACAAAAUCCAAUGGAUAAAAGAACACUACAGCUCCUGCCAAGGAAACUUAUUGAAGGCCAUUUGAUUACUGUAUUUUUCUCUUGGACUUCUCUGAAAUGCAGAUGCAGAGUAUGUGAGGCAAGCUUGAGAUGUUUUUUAUGUAUUAAUGGUAGUGAUGUUGAAGCAGUAGGGACAAAGAUGCAUUAGGUUAUGGAUGAGGAACACUGCCCUUGAAAACCAAAUAUAUCUACUUUAGAUAUUAAUCCUGCUGAUUCUGGGGUUGGACUGGCACACUAAACUAAACAACACUGCACUAAGUAGGUGUGAAUGGGUCAGGCUUGGAUAACAGCUUGAACUUAUUUGGUCAUUGGAGAGGGCAGUAAAAAUGAAUAUUUAAAUAGAUUGCUAGCUAGACUGGGACUAGUUCCUAGAAUAUUUAUUUUAAAACUGCACAAACUUGAAUUGUUCUCACCAAGUGAUUAUUUAGAUUGCAAGAUAUUAUUUUAAUGUAUUUUCUUUUAUAGUAAUUCAAAUUGGAACUGAAGAUGAACUAAAUUUUGUUUCUUUACUACUGUACACCACCUCACAACACCAUGGGGAGGUGAAGACAGUGCACACUUUCUCCAGGAACUAGCAUGUAUUAGAGCCAUGUGCAGUCUUUCAUUUGCAGGUCCCACAUAUUUUCAUAUUGUAGUUUUUCAUGUUGUAGGAUUCUUGAUCAAGAGAAUCCAUCAAUUAGCAAAAUUCCACUGAAAACUUCACAGGUACCCAGUAAGUCCUUGGGGCCAUCGGUGUUCAGCAAGCCAAGAUUAUCUUGAUUGGCUCAAGUCCACCUGGCCUUGUGGCACUUGGCCAAUUGUCCUAGUCAGUCAGCCAAUGACAGAGCUCAUACAUGAGCCAGCACCGACUGCAUACAGUAGGAUAAUUUCUACAGCAACUACAGCUGUUCAACUACAGCAAGUAGUUGAACAAGUCUAAGGCAAAAAUCUGAUUUCUGGUUUCCUAGUACAGUAUGCCAUACAGUAUGUACAGUAGUUAUGUCCCAAAAUAGAUGGAGCAAGCCCUUUGCUUCACAAAAGGGAGAACUCAUUUCAUUGACAAGUUUUGAUUUCAGUGAGCUUUCCUUGAGCAGAUCUUAACACAAAAAAAUAUGAUUCCAACUCUGAGAACAGAGAUAUAUGAAUAAACAGUUUUACAUUUUAAAAAUAUCUUUAAAGCCUAAAAACUCAAUAUUUUAAAUACAUUUUAGAUUUUGAGUCUGUAACUAACACUAGUACAUUUAUGAAAAGAAUAGCUUUAAGAGUCUUUAGUUAUACUGAAAUCCAGGCUAGGUGUUAAUGCUUUCAUCUGUAAAAAGCUGUUCUGAAAGCCAGCCAUCUGGGAGGAAGAUUGUACAGGGACUGUAAGGUUUUUUUUUUUUUGUAUAGAAUGAGACACAAACAUUGUAAUGUUUACAAGAAAAGGAACUACUUGAUAUCUGGGAAACUCUCAUUAUUUUAUGUUGCAGGGCUGGGACAAAGAGUGACAGCAGAGGAGUGUUUCUUGUCUGUGUCAGGGGCCAAGCAGAUAUCUUCUUUAUGGUGACCCCCACCUCAUGCAGUACAUGGAUCAGCUCUUUCUUAUGAAUAACUGUUUUUCUCCUAUAAACACAUUUACUACCAUUAUCCAGCCAUAACCUUGCUACACUGCAGUUUCACACUGCGCACCUAAUUCAUAAUGACAUUCUCUUUUAAGAAUUUAAUAUUGACUUUGUAUCUACAUCAGUAAUACCCAGGAUUCAGGAGAACUUCUCAAGGAAAUUCUACUAAGAUUCUCAUAAAACUACUAUACUACUGAUCUGGUUUUAAAUUUUUCAGUUUUAAUGGUUUCUUUUUUAUUUUCUUUUUUGUGUCAGUUGACAUAGUCUGGAGGGCAAGACAGUGGCAUUGAGAUAAGUGCUGCUGCCUAAAAUGUCUGCCUUUAGCACCUGUCAAUGUAGAGUUUACAUGUUUCCCCCGUGUUUACAAGGGGUUUUCGCCAGGUGCUACAGUUUCUUCCUAGCUCCCAAAGACAUACUGUACACGUUAGGUUCGAUGGGCUUUCUGUGGUUAAUUCUUACGUGCAUGGUCGUUGGGCUCCUUACCCAACCACACAUAUAGGGAGGCUUUGAUACUUUACCCCUUUCACAGGGCAUGGAACUACACAAACACAGACAGUGUAGUCUGGCUAAUCUCAACAUUGUGGAACACAGAGUGCUCUCCCAUGCUAGAUAGAUGUAUUCAUGGAUUCUAAGAUGUGCCUUUGAUUGUCACUUUAAGUAAAAAGUAGUAUUAAAUAAAUGUGUUGGUGUAAACAGGAAGCAUGUACGUUCAAUUAAUUUUUGAGGUAAAACUCAGAAAUAAGGCCUCUUACAGUAUCUGAACUUUGAGUGUCUUGCUGAUUAUACAGCAAAUGUAUAAUCAUGAAACUAAAGGAACAGAUCAGUCAAUGAGCUGAAUGGCAGAGAUGCCUGAUUGCCUCAGGGCCUAAAGGAUUAUGGAUGUUCUUUACAUUAAAAAAAUAAACAUCUUACAGUUGUCAUUGGUUUUAUCAGGGAGAGUUUCUUCUUCAAUUAAGGAGAAUGAGGAUUUUCAUAUCUGUGACAAACAAAUCCUACUGAAUCUGAAAAAGGCUCCAUUUAAGCCUGUUCCUGUAAAUUGGUGGUGGUGGGGUAAAUCCAGUUCAGCUUGUCUCCCUCCUCUAAAGUCACUAUAGCAGGGCUUUGUCCCAGUCAAACCUCUGCAGCUCAGACCUUGCCUAUUUUUUAAAAAGACAGGGAUAUACAUUCCAAGGGUAAUUUCUGUGAAAUUAUUUUGUAGCAGGAGUUUUCAGAAUGUACUGUAUUGUCUUUUUUUUAAAUAAAAUUUUAAG